AUGGCCGACUCUGGUGACGUGAGCUACGCUAACACGGGCAGUGAGUAUUUCCAUCUCGAUCUUUGUGCUUUCCGUGUCUUUGUCUCUUUAUUCCCUUCGGCUUCCAUAUUCCAUUCUUCCCUCGAGUCGCACAUCAGCGAUGCGGUGACCAAGGGCCCUAUUGCUGAUAACAUCAAGUCCGAAGCCGCUCGGACGAGCGGAGAGCUGCGCGACCUCAAGGACUCGCGCGUGACUCCCUCGACCACGACCAACAAUGGCCAGCCGUUGACCCACUACCAUUCGUUGCUGUAUAGCCUUUUCAGCGUGAGUCGUCGCGAAAUUCUCUUGUCGUGGACUUCAUCGCUAACACCCCCUUUUAUUGCUCUGCAGUGGGAACAACCCCGUGCGACCGCCGUCUCCUAUGCCAGCGUUGUCGGAUUCAUCUUCGCCGCACGUUACUUGCCCCUCCUCCGCUGGGCCUUUAAGUUUUUGUACAUGUCGCUGGGAUUGACCGCCGCUGUUGAGAUUGCGGGCCAUGUAGUUCUCAAGCAGGGCAUCGCCAGCUCUUUCCGCCCUCGCCGAUACUACACAAUCCCUAAGGAGACCGUUGAGGCCGUGCUCGAGGACCUGGAGCAGCUGGUGGACUUCUUCUUGAUUGAGUUUCAGCGCAUUCUAUUCGCCGAGAAUGUCAUCCACACCGUGGCCGCGUUCACUGCGGCAUUCACUGGCUACUGGCUGAUCCGCUUCCUCCCGAUCUGGGGCCUGUCUGUGGUCGCGGUGACCGUCGCCUACUUUGCGCCUCUCAUCUAUAUCAACAACCGUGAGAUCAUCGAUGAGCAGAUUAGCAACGUCCAGUCCAUCAUCGCCUCCCAGACCAACCAGCUCAAGGACCUGGCCGGUGAGCGCACUUCGCAUGCCACUGGCCUGAUGAAGCAGUAUGUCGGGGACUACAGCUCCAAGGCCCAGGAGUACAUCAACCACCGGCGAUCCGCCUCCCCCGAGAUGACCAAGACUGCGCCGACCCCCGUGAAGACCGAGCCCGUUGUGGAACCGCAGAUCAAGACCGAGGAUUUCCCCGAAGCCCCCAAGGUUGAGCCCGUGGCCCAGGUGGUUGAGUCGGUUGAGUCGGCUGAGCCCGCCCAGGCCGCCGAGCCAGCGGCCGAGCGCGAGCCUCUUCUGGCGCUUUAG